GUCGAUUUCCCCACUGGUGUCUGAGCGUAUGGCUGCUGGGCAUUACCUUGCUGUUGACCUGGGCCCAGCAAACCAAGUGUCUCGAUCGCUCCUCGGAAAGGAAAAUUGUGUAUCCGCUGUUCCUGGAAGGAAGGUCAGAGAGUGGUGCAAGAAUAUUGAAGCUCCACGAUGAACUCACUUUACACCUUGAACAAAGAUCUGCCUUCGACGACAACCUACUCGUCAGAACAGCGGGAGGAGAUAAUACCUUCAUCGAAAAGUUUGUGGAUGCGUCAGAGUUCAACAGCAAGCUUUUCCAAGAUCCACAGCGCAUGGCUUCUGCAGUAGUGUCUGAAGAAGACGGACUGCGUGUGAAUGGCAUCAUCGGAGAAGACAUGCUCAUUCGCCCUCUGUUGACGAUGGAACGAACUGCAGAAGGCUACGUUCCGCAUCUUCUCUACCGGGAGGAAUCCUUGAAGAAUGGAGCUGCACUACACGACUACGUUUUCAUGCCCCGCUCAGAGGACCCCAGGUUUGAGAAUCGUCAAACCAGCAAUGGUGAUGUCAAGGAAAUCCAGCCAGAAAUACACGUCGUCAUCGAUUCAGUAUUCUACAAGGACUUUGGUAGCAAGGAAAGUGAUAUCAUUGCCUACUUCGGAGCCGUUCUAAACUCAAGCGAAGUAUUGGCAGCACGAUUCAAUGGAUAUGAGGGAAAGUUGACGGCCCUGCGUUAA